AUGGCUCUGAGCUCUCGGGCACACGCAUUCUCAGUAGAAGCUUUGGUGGGGAGACCCAGGAAAAGAAAGCUUCAAGAUCCAAGAGAGGAGGUGCAGCCUGAGCUGCAGGAGAAAGAGGGUGGAGAGGAAAAGGAGGAGAGAAGGAGCGGCGCUGCAGGGAAGAGCCAGCAGUCGGAAAAGCGACCCAAGACAGAGCCCUCAGCAACUGCUUUCUCUGGCUGUGGCGGCGACGGCGGCGGCGGCGGAAACAGCCGCGGAAGUCUGGAAGAGAAAGAUGUUAUUCAAGUGGAACUUCAAGGAUCCGAGCUGUGGAAGAGAUUCCAUGACAUCGGGACUGAGAUGAUCAUUACCAAGGCGGGCAGGCGGAUGUUUCCCUCUGUUCGUGUCAAAGUGAAAGGGCUGGACCCAGGGAAGCAGUACUAUGUGGCCAUUGACGUGGUGCCAGUGGAUUCCAAACGCUAUAGGUACGUGUAUCACAGCUCGCAGUGGAUGGUAGCUGGGAAUACGGACCAUUCCUGUAUCACUCCCAGAUUCUAUGUCCACCCGGACUCGCCCUGCUCGGGAGAGACCUGGAUGCGGCAGAUCAUCAGCUUUGAUCGCGUGAAACUCACCAACAACGAAAUGGACGACAAGGGCCACAUCAUUCUGCAGUCCAUGCAUAAGUACAAGCCCCGUGUGCACGUGAUGGAGCAACACAGCAGGGUUGACCUGUCCCGGAUUCAGUCCCUGCCCACCGAAGGGGUUAAAACGUUCUCCUUUAAAGAAACUGAGUUCACCACAGUGACAGCUUACCAAAACCAGCAGAUUACCAAAUUAAAAAUUGACAGGAAUCCUUUUGCUAAAGGAUUUAGAGAUCCCGGAAGAAACAGGGGUGUAUUGGAUGGGCUUUUAGAGACCUACCCCUGGAGGCCUUCUCUCACUCUGGAUUUUAAAACCUUUGGUGCAGACACACAAAGUGGCAGCAGUGGCUCCUCUCCAGUGACAUCUAGUGGAGGGGCUCCCUCUCCUUUGAACUCCUUACUUUCUCCACCUUGCUCUCCACCUACAUUUUAUUUGCCUCCCAGCUCCCUUGGAAUGCCCUGCCUGGAGGCAUACCUGCACAAUAUCAGCCUGCCCUUUUGCUACAAGAUUUGUCCAACUAAUUUUUGGCGACAGCAACCUGUUGUCUUACCUGCUCCUGAAAAGCUAGCAAGCAGCAACAGUUCUCAGUCUUUAGCCCCACUCAUGAUGGAGGUGCCCAUGUUACCUUCCUUGGGGGCCAGUUCAAAAAUUGGUUCAUCUGAAGGCUUCAAUGGGCAGUGUCUACAAGCACCUAAUUCUGCCAGUCAAAUGUUAUAUGGAUUACAGUCACCUGGAAACAUUUUUUCACCAAAUCCCAUUGACCGGGAAGCCCUUGGUUGCUCUUUCCAUCCUUCCUAUGGCUUUUACAGGUACAACUUCUCUAUGCCGUCUAGACUGGUAAAUGCUGCUAACAAUCUCAAAGUGAAUGAAAACAGUCAAAUAUCUUUUAGAGAAGGCACAUGUAAUCGUGCUCAUUGGUAUCCAGCAAUUAACCAUUGCCUUUAA